CCAAGCCGCGGCGACCGGGGCGGUAACGGCAGGGAGCAGGAGAGUGCUAACUGCAUCCCUGUGGGCCGGGAGGGAGGCAUUGGCUGUGGAGGGAUCUGACAGUGCCUGGUCAGGCGGAGUAACCCAAUCCGUCUCUGGAGAGAGAGAAGAGGAAGUGGCUCCUAUCCUGGCUCUGGAAGACAGUUAGGGAUCCUGACCCCAGGGGACUUAAUAUUGGGAUUGGUGUUAUAGAGAAUACACAACAGUUCCACAAUGGAAGAAAGGGCAAAUGGUACAGUGGCUCAUAACUCACUGGCUGAAUACUCUCCCAUCAAGGAACCAGGCAAGCCAGAUUCAAGUGACAGCUGUGAAAUGUAUGAAAGAAACAAAGAAACAAUGCAGCUGAAGAAAGAAAUCUCUUUGCUUAAUGGAAUCAGCCUCAUUGUAGGCAACAUGAUUGGUUCAGGCAUCUUUGUCUCGCCUAAAGGAGUUCUCAUCUACAGUGCCUCCUAUGGAUUGUCGCUAAUAAUCUGGGCAACUGGGGGGAUUUUUUCGGUGUUUGGAGCACUCUGCUAUGCUGAACUGGGAACCACUAUUACCAAGUCAGGAGCCAGCUAUGCAUAUAUCUUGGAGGCCUUUGGGAGCUUUAUUGCUUUUAUUCGCUUAUGGACCUCAUUAUUAAUUGUUGAGCCAACUAGUCAGGCAAUUAUUGCAAUAACCUUUGCUAACUACAUUGUGCAGCCUGUCUUCCCUUCUUGUGAGCCUCCUUAUGUUGCCUGUCGUCUCAUUGCAGCUGCUUGUAUAUGUCUUCUAACCUUUAUAAAUUGUGCCUAUGUUAAAUGGGGAACAAGGGUGCAGGAUGUAUUCACAUAUGCUAAAGUCAUUGCCCUUAUUGUCAUCAUCAUAACAGGAAUUGUUAAACUAUGCCAGGGACAUUCAGGACACUUUCAGAAUUCCUUUGAGGGAUCUUCUUGGGACCUAGGAGACAUUUCUCUUGCACUGUAUUCUGCCCUGUUCUCUUACUCAGGAUGGGAUACCCUUAAUUUUGUAACAGAAGAAAUCAAAAACCCAGAAAGGAAUCUGCCACUGGCUAUUGCAGUUUCUAUGCCCAUUGUGACGGUUAUCUAUAUUUUGACCAACAUAGCUUACUAUACGGUGUUGGAUAUUCAUGCUGUUCUUUCCAGUGAUGCUGUGGCGGUGACAUUUGCUGACAAGGUGUUCGGCAUUUUCAGUUGGACAGUUCCUGUUGCUGUAGCUGUUUCAUGUUUUGGUGGACUUAAUGCAUCAAUUUUAGCAUCAUCUAGGCUAUUUUUUGUAGGAUCCCGGGAAGGUCAUCUCCCUGAUCUAUUGUCCAUGAUCCAUAUAGGGAGGUUCACACCUGUACCAGCACUACUGUUCAAUUGUACUAUGGCCCUUAUUUAUCUGACUGUAGAAGAUGUCUUCCAGCUUAUUAACUACUUCAGUUUCAGUUACUGGUUUUUUGUGGGACUAUCAAUAGCUGGGCAAUUAUACCUCCGCUGGAAGGAACCAGAUCGACCCAGGCCUCUCAAGUUGAGCCUAUUUUUCCCAAUAGCUUUCUGUAUAUGCUCAGUAUUUCUGGUGGUGGUGCCUCUAUAUAGUGACACCAUUAAUUCAUUGAUCGGAAUUGGCAUUGCUAUAUCUGGAAUUCCAGUCUAUUUCAUUGGAGUCUACUUGCCCAUUUCCAGAAGGCCUCCAUUUAUCAACAACAUUUUAGGUGCUAUCACUGAAGCCACCCAGGUGCUUUGUUACAGUGUUUUGACAGAGAUGGACAGUGAAAGUAAGAAAUUAGAGACCAAAUCUAACUAAAAAUUUAAAGCAGUUCCAAAAACAGCAGAGAACCAAGCGAAAGUUACUAACAGGAACAGAAGAGGAUCAACAGAGAAUAUGGGGCAACUGAAGAACUAUUGGAGCCAGGAACAGAUAUACCAGCUAUUACUGAAGAGGGAUGCUUGGGUGCAUAAUACUCCCUCCCAUGAUCUGUAGUUGAAGUAGUGUCAAUUCACAUUAUUAUGGGUAAUCAUUAGCCAGUCACUUCAGAUAUGGAAACAAUGUCUGAACUAUUCAUUAUAGUUUGAGGCCAAUUGAAAAUCUCGUAGAAAUGGGAUUUAAGUAGUAAGAAGGGAAACAGAUUCUAGAAUAGUAGAGCUGAGUGAUCAGAUUAAACAUACUUUGGAGAACUAGGUAGCAGAAUAAUGAAUCAUUUUAAGUACGUUAGGGUGACCAGAUGAGAGACAUGAAAUAUCAGGACACCGGCAGAGC